AGGCCAGUACUGAAAGCCGUCGUAGCGCUUACCGCAGCUAAUAAAAUAGGCUGCAAAAAUGAAAGUUGAACGAACUACUCAUGCCUGGACCGAGUUGUCGGCAUGACGUCACGCCCCCCUGCCACACUUGUCGGCUGGUAGCCUGUUUAUGUUGUUAUCUGUUUUUCAAGGUUUUUUCUCCCCUGCUACAUGUCAGUCGCCGUUCUCACCAAAAGCAAGUUCGUUGCAGCCUGCUGUAGCCGUUUUCUCCAGCGUCUUCACGUACUGCGGCCAGGCCAACGCACGAUGCAGAUCAAAGUGCUGAACGCGCUCGAGGACAACUACAUGUAUCUGCUGAUCGACGACGCGAGCCGUGAGGCGGCCGUCGUCGAUCCAGUGGAGCCGGUCAAGGUUCUCGACGAGGUGAAAAAGCUCGACGUCCGCCUCACCACGGUACUCACGACGCACCACCACUGGGAUCACUCGGGCGGCAACGAGAAGCUGAUCGAGCUGUCGCCCAAGCUACGCGUGUUCGGCGGAGACGAUCGCGUACCACGUCUCACGCAGCGCGUCACCGACAACCAGGAGCUGCAGGUCGGCAAGCUGACCGUGCGGUGCUUGUUCACGCCCUGCCACACGUCGGGCCACAUCUGUUACUUCGUGCCGGCCGCCGACGGACAACCGCCUGCAGUGUUCACAGGAGACACUCUGUUCAUCGCCGGCUGCGGCAAGUUCUUCGAGGGCACCGCGGACCAGAUGUACAAGGCGCUGGUCGAGCGGCUCUCCAAGCUGCCCGACAACACGCGCGUCUUCUGUGGCCACGAGUACACGGUCAACAACCUGCUGUACGCCUCGACCGUCGAGCCCGACAACGAGUCGAUCAAGUCCAAGCUGGCGUGGGCCCGCGAGAAGCGCGCCAAGAUGGAGCCCACCGUGCCGUCGACCAUCGCCGAGGAGCGCAGCUUCAACCCGUUCAUGCGGGUGGCCGAGGCCGCGGUUCACAAGCACGCCAAGCUCGACGACCCGGUCUCCACCAUGGCGUUUCUGCGCAAGGAGAAGGACCACUUCCGGCCCGCCGCUUGACCGUUUCUUUUGCCCAGUGACCACCUGUUGUUGUACACCCGCGGUACUAGACAGCCCAAAUACAGCCUUUAUCCGUUGUUUCUUUUUU